UCCUUCUACACCAAAAUAGGACCCCCUUCCUAAUAACUUAGUGGUGCACCUCUCUCCAUCUUCAACAGUGAAUCGAUACCCUUCCCCCAUAGAAAAAACCCAGUCGUCCCCCCUAGCUCUAUCAUCACACAACAGUCUGUCUCUCUUUCUUAAUUAGCCUAAGAGAACAUCCUUAGUAACUCCAUAAUUGACUCUCACCUCCCUCAUCAUUCACACACUCAUCCAAUAUCAUUUGAAAAUCGAUGAGCAUAAUCAGAGAAUACCAAAAUUAUGAAAUUUUGAAUAAAUACAACUAAAGAAAAAAAAGAGUUGUAGUUGUUUGGUCGAUUCCAAAGGAUCCUUCUCUGUCAUUUCUAGGUUCUUAAGUUGGAUCUUACCUGAUGGCGAAAGUUAUUUCUGCUGUUGUAGCAUAGCCGAGUCCGUUUUCAGAUUGUCUGGCCUUUGUUUGGUUUAAAUUUCUUCUCUGGUGCUGUUUUCAAGGUGGUGGGGUGGUGGGGUGGGCUUGCCUGGCCUAGAGCCAGGAUCUUGCUCACCUAUGCUACUAACAAAGCAACUUUCAAUAAACGAAAGUAGAAGCAGUGGUGAAAAUCAAGAAGACAACGAUCGCGAAAAUGGUGAUCAUGAACCUAAAGAAGGUGCUGUUGAAGUUGGCAAUCGAAGACCUAGAGGUCGUCCUUCAGGAUCAAAGAACAAACCCAAACCACCAAUUUUUGUAACCCGCGAUAGCCCUAAUGCCCUCCGGAGCCACGUUAUGGAGGUGGCCGGAGGCACAGAUGUGGCCGAUAGCAUUGCUCAAUUCGCGAGGAGACGCCAACGUGGCGUUUGUGUACUGAGUGGGAAUGGUUCGGUUGCAAAUGUAACCCUAAGGCAACCAUCAGCUCCAGGUGUUGUUGUUCUUCAAGGAAGAUUCGAAAUUUUGUCGUUGACCGGAGCUUUUUUGCCCGGUCCAGCCCCUCCUGGCUCGACCGGGCUAACAGUGUAUUUGGCCGGUGGCCAAGGACAGGUGGUUGGUGGUAGUGUUGUUGGACCACUAGUAUCUGCUGGACCAGUGAUGAUAAUAGCAGCUACUUUUUCUAAUGCAACAUAUGAAAGAUUGCCACUAGAAGAGGAGGAGGACGGCGGAGGCGACGGAUGCGGCCAGUCUCCAGUACCGGCCGGAAAUUCGCCUCCGGCCUUAGGUUCAAGUGGUGAAAGGCAACAACAACAACAACAACAUGAAUUGCCUGAUCCAACAUCACUACCUAUAUAUAAUUUUACACCAAAUUUAUUACCAAAUGGUGGACAAUUGAAUCAUGAUGCAUAUGCUAAUUGGGCAACUCCUCGACCACCUUAUUGAGAAAAAAAAAAUUGAGGAAUAAAAAGAAAGAUAGGAAGAGAUGAUCACUACAAGGUAAUUUUCUAUCUGUAUUUUGAUUUUAUACAAAGGAGUUUAAUGUUUGUGUUUAUAGGAAAAUGUUUUGGAAGAAGUAUAUAUAGUUAGGAUUGAGAAACUAUAUAUGUACUUUUUCUAAGUAAAUAAACAUUUUCUCUAGCAGCUUCCAUUAUGAUUGAAAUAAAAUAUGCUUUCCUUUUUUCUCCAA